UAGGGUUUGAAUGUGCAGCCUUGUUCGAUGAAUCUGGUCCGAUCUAUUACGUCUUGCAGUACCAGCGGGCUUUGCGUGUAAUCAUGGCUGGGUUGUUGAAAAAGACCACUGGCUUGGUGGGACUGGCUGUAUCUCAAAAUCCACAUGAGCGGCUUCGGAUUCUGUACACCAAGAUUCUGGGGUCACUUCAGACAAUGCCUCAGGACGCUGCAUACAGACGAUACACAGAGCAGAUAAUCAAUGAAAGGUUCAACCAUGUCAAGAUGGAGCCCGAUGUAGAGAAGCUAGAAAAGAAAAUCAACUGUGGACAAAUUGAAGAGGUCAUUUUGCAGGCGGAGAGUGAGCUGGCUCUGUCCAGAAAGAUGACAGAAUGGAAACCUUGGGAGCCGCAGAUUGAGGAACCUCCUGCCAACCAAUGGAAAUGGCCCAUUUAAAACACGGAUUACUGAUAUUGUUAAAUAUCUAAACCAGCUAUUCAUAUUUGUCAGAUUUGUCUUGAUGCAAGUGUAUUCCAGUUUUCACGUGCAUCGAAGCAUGUAAAUAUUAAUAAAGACUUAAAGACUGUA